GGCGCGGGAGGCGGCGGUGGCGCCGGGGCCACACCGGGCCCGAACCGGGGCCGGGCCCGAACCGGGGCCGUUCCGGGCCGGGCUGGGCCCAACCGGGGUCACUGCAGGGCCGAGGGGCGGCCCUGUCACCUGCAGCCCGGUAAGCCCCGUCCGCAGCCGGCCAUGGCGGGACGCGGCCCCGUGCACAGCCUGAGCAGCCUGCAGAAAACCGCCCUGCUGUUGGGCGUCCCGGCCGCCGCCACCGUUCUCUACAUCCUGUACCGGCGCUACCGGGAGAGCCGAGAGGCCCAGGUGACCCUGGUGGCAGACGAGGGGCUGGAGGUGACGGUCAGGGUGCCCCGCACAGCCCUGAAAUCGCUGAUCGGCCGCCGGGGGGCCACCAUCAACCAGCUGAGGCAGGAGACGGGAGCGCAGAUCGAGGUGGAGGAGGAGGAGGAGGAGGAGGAGGAGGAAGGGCAGUCGCUGGUGCAGAUCUCGGGCUCGCCGGGCCAGGUGUGCCGGGCCAGGGCGGCCGUGCUGCGAAUCGUGGCCGACAGCGCCCCCGUGGCCGAGCAGCUGCGCGUGCCCCAGCGGGCCGUGGGCAGGAUCAUCGGCCGCGGCGGGGAGACCGUCCGGGCCAUCUGCCGGAGCUCCGGGGCUCGCGUGGAGUGCGGCGGGCACGACCCCGACGGCAGCCUGGCCCCGCUGCGCAUCAUCCGCCUGCUGGGGACGCGCACCGAGGUGGAGGCGGCCAAGAAGCUGAUCAUGGAGAAGCUGUCGGAGGACAAGGCGUUCCGCCGGGAGCUGGCGCAGGCGGCGGCCGCGCGGUGCCCACGGAAGCAGCCCCUGGGCAGCCGCCGGGAGCCGCCGGUGCCGCCCGCCGGUGGUGCCCCCGGGGGAUGGCAGGAGUGCUGGGAUGCCGAAUGGGCACCGGCGGGCGGCACCGGAGCGGCGGCGGGGAGCGACGGGAUGGAGGCGGAGAUGGGGAGUGAGGAGCACCGGGAUGCGGGAAUGGAGCUCCGAGAUGUGGGAAUGGAGCUCCGGGAUGCGGGAGUGGAGCUCCGGGAUGUGAGAAUGGAGCUCCGGGAUGCGGGAAUGGAGCUCCGAGAUGCGGGAGUGGAGCUCCGGGAUGCGAGAAUGGAGCUCCGAGAUGCAGGAAUGGAGCUCCGGGAUGCGGGAAUGGAGCUCCGCGAUGCGGGAAUGGAGCUCCGCGAUGCGGGAAUGGAGCUCCGGGAUACCGGAGAGGAGCUGCCCGUGGCCAAGUUCGAGGUGCCCAGCCCGGAUUUCAGUUUCCCUGCUGACGAGCACCUGGACGUUUACGUGUCGGCGGCCGAGAGCCCCGGGCACUUCUGGAUCCAACUGCUGGGCACGCGGAGCCUGCAGCUGGACAAGCUGACAGCCGAGAUGGGGCUCUUCUACCAGAGCAGCCCCGCCGUGCCACCCCCGUCCGUCCAGCCCGGUGCCAUCGUGGCCGCCCCGUACCUGGACGAUGGCGAGUGGUACCGGGCGCGCGUGCUGGGGACGCUGGACAACGGCCACCUGGAGCUGUACUACGUGGACUUUGGGGACAACGGGCAGGCGCCCCCCGAGGCCCUGCGCGCCCUCAGGAGCGACUUCCUGAGCCUGCCCUUCCAGGCCAUCGAGUGCAGCCUGGCCGGGAUUGUCCCCAACGGUGGGUCGUGGCCCGAGGCCGCCCUGCAGGAGUUCGAUCGCCUCACGGGCUGUGCCCAGUGGGCCCCGUUGGUCGCUCGGAUCUGCAGCUACGGCCCCGCGGGGCCCUGCCUGCGCCUCUACAGCCACUGCCAGGGACAGAGCCUGGACGUGGGAGCAGAGCUGGUGCGUUUGGGCUACGCCGUUCCCGGCCCCCCCGAGGAGCCCCCGGACAAUCUCAGCUGCGCCUCCAUCCCGAGCCCGGUGGAGCCCGGGGACAGCCCCGGGGACAGCCCCGGGACCCCGUCCUGCCUCAGCGUGCCCGGUGAGCCCGCCGCUGCCGUGCCCGGGGACGCCGUCACGGUGACCUGAAGGUGCCCGGUGUCAGCGGGAGCCGCUCCCGGUGCCGCCAUCCCGGUAACCGGAGCCGCUCCCGGUGCCACCACCGAGUGCAAUCCCCUCUCCGGAGCCCUCUGGGAGGGCGCACCGACAAAUCGCGGGGAUCUCCGCUUGUGCCUCUUGUCGGAAGACGACACACCGGGGCCGAGGGCCGGCGGUGCCCCUUCCGUUACCGGGAGUUCCCGGUUCCCUCGCCUUGUUUUGCUGUUCCGUUGCACUAAUUGUGGUUCUGAGUUAAUAAAGUUGAAGGUUUCUCAGC